AUGUAAUUUAUUAAAUGUAUUAGAGAUUUAUUAUAUUAUUAGCUAUAAUUCAAAACAGUUAUAAUUAACUGCAUUUCAAAAUAUUAAACCAUUAUGCCAAAUAGAACAAAAAAUAUUAAAAACGAGACAGUGAUAAAUUAAAUUAAAAUAACAAAUUUCAAUCAUAAAUUACUAGUUUCAGCUUAAAAAAUGAAUUUUUUUGAAUUUUAGAACAAAUAAUUACUCUUUAAAUUUAGCUUUUUUUAUUUAUUUUUGUUAAAUAUCAAAAAUACAUUUACUUAUUUUUUGAUGAAGCUUGGGGUUUUAUCUUGUUCAAUAGAAGCAAAGGACACUAGAAAAUAAUAAUAAUAACAAAAGAAAGAAUAGCGUUAAAUAAAUAGUAAUUUUAUUUCUUCAUUUAAUGAUAUGUACUUAAACUAUGAAUUUCGAGAAUUAAUAAUUAGAAAAAUUUUUUUAACAAAAUUUUCAUUUAAAAAUUUGCAAAAUUAAAAUAUUUUGUAUUCAUAUAUUUCCAUAGAUCUUUAUUCAUACAAAAAAUAACUAUAUUUAUCUAUGGAAAAUUAAUUUAUUUUUAAAAAUUAUAUAAAAAACCUAAGUUUAUUUUCAUAAAAAUCUAAAGAAUAACAAAUUAAUGAGGUUAUUUUUGUUAAAAAUAAUAAUAAUUGUAUUAUUAAAUGA